CGAUCGAGAAAGAGAGAGAAUGGGAUCGUUUCUGUCAAGCUUAAUCGGAGGAGCGCCGGCGGAUGACUCCGACGCGUACGGGGAGGAGCCCGGGGUGACGUCGUUUCACUCGUCGGCCAGGUGGCAGCUUCACUUGAACUCCCACAAGGAAUCCUCCCAGCUGCUGGUAAUCGAUUUCUCGGCGUCGUGGUGCGGGCCCUGCCGGUUCAUUGAGCCGGCCAUCCACGCCAUGGCCGCCAAGUUCACCGACGUCCAGUUCGCCAAGAUCGACGUCGAUGAGCUCUCUGAAGUGGCGCAGGAGUUCGGAGUGCAGGCAAUGCCGACGUUCGUGCUGUUGAAGAAAGGGAAGGAAGUUGAUCGUGUGAUCGGCGGGAAAAAGGACGAGCUCGAGAAGAAGGUCGAGAAAUACCGCUCGCUCUAAGCUCACAGUUUGUGUUUUACAUUUGCAGUUUGAUUGGGACGAAUUCUAAUUAGGGAAGAAGGCCUUGCGUCUCUUGUUCUCUCUGUUUACAUUGAUGUUUUAUGUGAAAGUUUCUAAAUAUCUACGCAUAAUGCUUCGAACACAUUUUAGUCUGUUAUUUUAACAUUUAUAUACAAUACUUAUAAUCCA